GCAAUGCGUUCUAAAAUUUACUCAACUGUUACCUCUUACGGCUUCGAAGCCUCGAAUCAAACUGUGACCAUUUCUCACAUCAAACCGUACUGUUAUCGUGAAAAGUUUUAUACUAUCUACAUUUUUAUCAAUACCUUGGAGACAGGUUAAAUUCGACACAAAUGCCGCUGGCUGAGGUGCACUUUUUCCUAACGAUCAUACCUCAGACGAAGGAUCCGAAGGACCCGGCGGAUAUCAGCUGUGGAAAAUAAUAAAUACCAGGAUAUCAAGCAAACCAUAUUAAGCUUUACUAUAUUUAAACAUAUAUGAAUCUAUAUAAUCCUAAAUGAACCAUUUACAUAAUCUUCAUUGCUACAAAACCAAACACGACUUUAAGCCACCAUAUAAAAAAAAACCGAAUGAAGCCAUCCCAAAGAGAUAUGACCAUCUAUUAACACAAGAGAUAUAUUUCGCUAUAGCUUUUUUUAAAAACAUUUUUGCCUUGUAUAGAGCCCCUCCACUAACCCCGUUUCAUUCUAGGAGCCCCUGGCCACCAGUUUUUCGUUUUUCCCUCGCUCAACUCGCUGCCCUCGACGAUGCACGGCAUUCGUAUCUACAACGCGACCCUGUGGAUUCGGCUGGAGCUAAAGGCGACAGCGAAUUUUAUGCCAGCUACCAACAAGAGCCUAAUACUGUGGGUGUUUCGACUUAUCAGCGGAUCCAAGAACGUAUUCAACGAUGAAGAGGAAUUCUCCAAGCACACCGCCAUGGUGGCCAAGCACUCAAUCUCUGUCGAAAAGCUGGGCUGGCAGGAGAUUGACGUUACGAACGCCGUCCGUGCUUGGCACUCGGAGAAAACCAACGACAGUUUGCGCCUGUUUGUGGACUGCUCGGGCUGCGGGAACAAAAUUACGAUCCACCUGUUUAACGAGAACCAGAACAAGGCGAAGGAAUCGCUGCUGAAGGCACAAAAGCUGAACCCGAAAAAGAUGCGCAACCCGGACGAGGCCGUGGUGGACUACAAUCGGCCGUAUCUGUUUGUGAGUUUGGCCACGAAUCACGUGAAGCGGCUGCGGAGACGGGCAUUGGAUUGUACCGGAGCGCCGAACGAGCAGUGCUGCAAACAAAAGUUUUACGUCGAUUUCAAGGCACUCAAGUGGGACGAUUGGAUUAUACGACCGCACGGAUAUUACGCGAACUACUGCAAAGGAAGCUGCCUGCUGCCGGACAAGUUUUCCGCUGAAUAUCAGUACGUGGUGGACGAGUACCGGAGGCAGGGCCAGGUCACAGGGAUCCAUCAGUGUUGUGCACCGACAAAGUACUCGCCAAUGUCGUUGAUAUUUUACGGGCCGGGAUCGCGGGUGAUUAAGCAAGAUUUGGCCAAAAUGAUUGUGGAAGAGUGUGGCUGUCCGUAACUUUGUUCAAUUAGCUAGUGAUUUUUAAUUAAAUUCUUCUUAAUCUUACAUUACCAAUAAUGUACAAUAAAUCUUCCUUGAAAAUAAAUUUCAACUUUUUCGACUCUCCUAAGGGCA